AUGCAAAGUGAAGAAGAGCCCAUUUUAGGGCCAAAUGUAAAACAACCUACGAAUAGAAGAAGAUCGAGCAUUGUUUAUGGGUUGUCUCGUCCACAAUUUGUCGGUUCUGAUGCAAAGAGUGCACCCUCUUCUUUACAGGAUUUUAUUGAAUCACGUCAAAGAGCUUCGAGGCGAGCUCAAGCUUCUACAACAGCACCCAAUUAUGGUUCUCUAGAAGAAGCAGGGCGGGAGUCUAGCUCCUCUGCUUCGGCGUCAAGUGAAGAAAUUGAUAAUGUCCAGGAUAGCACUUGGCAAAAAGAAUUACGUUUACUGGUUAGCUUUGGUAUACCAGUCGUUUUAACUUCGUUACUGCAAUAUGGGGAAGUAAUCAUAACGGUCUUUUCACUAGGACAUCUAGGUAAAACGGAAUUAUCAGCUGCUAGUCUUUCAAAUAUGACUGCUACUAUUACAGCUUUUGCCAUUUAUCAAGGUAUCGUUUCCGCUCUUGAUACUCUUGGCACCCAAUGCUUUGGAUCAGGAAACUAUGAGUUAAUAGGUCUCCAUUUACAAAGAAUUCUUUCAGUUUUAUGUUUGCUUCAAUUACCAAUAAUUUUUGUCUGGUGGAAUAUAGAACCGAUUCUCCUUUUCUUUAAGCAGGAUCCUACCACUUGCUAUCUAGCGGGUAGAUACAUGAGGGUCUUGUUGCUUGCCAGUCCUGCUUACGCACUAUUUGAGUCCUUAAAACGGUUUUUACAAGUACAAGGUAUUUUUCAACCAGUUACCAACAUUUUAGCCUUUAUUGUUCCUCUCAACAUUCUUUUAAAUUAUCUGUUUGUAUGGAGCCCUUGGUUCGGGUUCGGAUUCAUGGGCGCCCCCGUUGCUGUUACAAUUACGCUUUGGAUGGCUUGCGCAAUUCUUCUAUGGUAUAUUGUAAAUAUCAAUGGACGCCAGGCUUGGGGAGGCUUUAGUAAAGAGGCUUUAAGAAAUUGGGGUCCAUUAUGCAGGCUUGCUGUUCCUGGCGUUGUUAUGAUAUGUAGCGAAUAUUGGGCUUUUGAGUUAUUGACAUUCGUUGCGGGCGUUUUGGGUACUACAGAUCUCGCUUCUAUGUCAGUCUUAUCUACGACUUCUUCUAUUUCAUACACUAUUGCCUUUGGUGUAGCUGCAGCUGCUGCUACACGAGUAGGAAACCUGAUUGGCGCUGGAAAUACAAAGCUUGCUAAACUUUCGACUUAUGUCGCUGUAUCCGUAGCAGCGUUGAUUGGGCUUUGCAUAACUUCCCUGAUGGUAAUAUUUAGGAAUCAUUGGGCCUACCUGUUCACUUCCGACAAAGAUGUGGUACAGUUGGUUGCUAAACUCGUUCCUCUUUGUGCAUUAAUGAACAUUGCCGAUAACACCCAGUGCGUAGCUGGAGGUGUUCUUCGUGGUCAGGGACGUCAGCGUAUUGGAGGCAUCGUUAACUUCGUCGCCUACUAUAUUCUAGCUUUGCCCAUAGCUAUCAUUUUAUGCUUUUACCUUGAUUGGGGUCUGUUUGGCUUGUGGGUUGGAAUAACUGUCGCGGUUUUUGUUAUAGCUGCCGUUGAAACGCAUUGCGCUCUUCAUGUCAACUGGGAACAUUUGGUUGAAGUUGCUGAACAACAGAUUGAUGAAGCUCUUAAUGUUUGA